AUGGGAAUCCCGCGACUGUCGCAGGAUCUCGCUUCUUAUGCGGAUCACAUUGUCUUGGGCAAGCCACCUCCAGCCUCCCUUCAGGCUGAAGUCACCAUUAUCAAAGAUCUGAUCAUUGACGGACCCUCACUUGUGUACUGGGUGUAUAACAAACUACUGGCACAUCAGCUGUUGAAUAGCCUGGCGCGCGCCACUCUGCCACCAACUUACUUCCAAAUCAACCAAGCCCUGCACCACCUCCUCAAUGACCUCCAAGCUCAUGGCAUCCACAUCCAACACAUCUUCUUCGACGGAGGACUUCCCACGUCCAAACGAGAUGUCCGCCUGGAACGGAUGGAGAAGCUGCGGCAGCAGCUAGAAACAUACCGCAAACUCUAUCCUGAAUUUCCACCAAUUGCUGCUUCACCUGAUCUUCGAGACUUCGACAAGAUGCUCUGGCAUACUCCCGUCCUGUCGACGAGGAAGUCUACCCUCCCACCUCCGCCAUUCAUGGUUGCUAGUGUGAUUGAAUUUUUAUGCAACACUGAAUGGGGUGAUUGCGUCCAUGUGGUCCCGGGUGAAGCUGAUAUGUUCUGUGCUCUUGCUGCUCAACAGUCCGCACACGUUGUGGCGAUCCUUACAAACGAUUCCGACCUUGCAGUUCACGACCUCGGAUCCAAUGGCAGGGUCGCGUUGCUACAUAGCAUCGAAAGCAAGUGCAGACCUUCACACAGGGAGUCUUAUAUCUCCGCGCUAUCUCUCAACCCAAACCUCAUUGCAGCCAGGCUCAAAGUGUCGUCUUUGCUCGGAUUUGGUUUCGAGCGCUUCCUUGAUUCUUCAGCAUCGCUUGCAAACAUUCAAGAACGCGCAAGGGACUCUUCGAGGUUGGAGAGAUUGCAGAACGAAUAUUUGGCAUUUGCAAAACCAUUCACCCUGACUCUGCCAGAAGCGGCACACCCGCAUUCCUAUCUCGAAAAUAUGGAUCCACGAACAGCAGAGAUUGUCAGUAACUUCGAUGAAUCACCACAUAUUUAUUUUAUUCCUCUCCUGGAAGAUCCUCAACGUGAUUCUUCAUGGUCAUAUGGAGCACAUAUUCGACUAAUUGCAUAUUCCUUGCUCUUCAAGACCUUACCAGUAAACAUCGUGGGGACGUCACCGCACAUGGUAGAAUGUGCAAGAAAGGGACAGAGAAUCACUUCUCUCUCGGUCGCAACUUUGAAUGUAUCCGAGCUCGCUAAGCAAGCAGCCGAACUCCUCCAACUCCUGGACACCUAUAUCUCAUCCUGCAAGCAAGGCCCCAUCCCCCGUAACGGAGCUACUCUUGUAGAAUGGUACUUGCUCGCCAUCCACCUCAUUCAGCAAGAGAAAAUCAGACUUGACAAGGCCACCCCAACCUCAGAGCAGACCUUACGGCUCUUAGGCUGGCCAUCGACGACCCAAUUUUCUCCAAUGGCACCGAUGAGAAUAAACUGGGACGAUAUCCACUUCCUCGCGAAUAUUCAUGCAGUGCUGUACUCCCUCCGAAUACUUGCGCAAAUGACUGGAUAUGUUUUGAAUCACAUAAAAGGGACUCCAGGUAAUACAAAUAUGACAAAUAUCCAAAAACCUGCCCAUACCGAUGAUGUUUCAGUACUUAUAAGCUAUAUCCAUCACAAAUUAUCAACAAUGCCUCCGAUAGAAACGUUAUUUCUGGACAUCCCACACAUCCGCGCUAAACUGAGUGACCUGGAUCUUGAAACGCGGACUUCGGCAAUUGAACUCUUGAAGCACCAGCUUGAUCCCAAUUACAGCAACACUCAACGGGAGAAAGAGGACACAAGUGAAGCGGCAAACAUAAAGGGCCCUAGGUCGAUAGACGGAGAGUGGAUCGCCACAACAUCGAAGAAAAGGAAAAGGAAGCAGCAGAGUAAGUUUCAAGGAGUUACUACGCGAAGCACAAAUGGCUUCGACCUGCUCUCGGAAGAUCCUGGGUGA